CCGACAACAAACAGGCGUCUGUACUCGCUUGUUCACUUCUCACACUAAACUUUUAGUUUCAGGUACCUUUCCUGCAUUACCUUCCAUUGUUCUCCAUUUUAUUUUACCCCCAAGCACGCUUCGACCUUGCCUUGGACGCGUUUCUGCAUGAGGUCUUGCUACGGACCACCACGCUGAAUUCAAAGGCCAAACGAAAGACUUUUUUUUUGCAAGCUGGACUAGGCCCCUUCCCAGCUUUCGAAAUCGGAGGUGUCGCGUCAGCCCGGAUAAUUUUUCAUUAUUAAUGUUCUAUUUUCCCUCACCCAACGACGUGUUAGACUCAUCAAGCCAAGCCCGGAUCUCAUCAUCUCAUGCUUAAGCGCACCAGAGUGGCCGUCCGCCGCGUCUUCCACGUGGUGCCGUGGCCAUGACUCCGCACGGCUUCAGGCGCGAUCUUCCAUUCCUCCACAGGAACUGGAUAGACGGAUUACAAAAUGCCAUGGAGCCCCGGCCGCCAAGGCGCCUUGACAACCACCUGGUCGAUGGGUGCCGGCCUGCCAAAAAACGCCGCCUUGAGCGAGACGCAGGAGUGUACAAUCCGUACCUGGCCGCAAAGGCCGUUGGUCUGCCGGAGGAGGCUGGCGACCAGCAACCGGCGCUGUGCAUCAACGUCCAGAGGAUACAGCACAAGGACACCCCCAAGGCCGGUACAAGUACAUCUCCUCAGCACAUUGACGGCCCCGCUGAGACGUCUCGGGCUCGGUGCAAAAUCACAAUUCACGGCUGUGAAAAUGGCAGCAAGGAGCUUCUCUUCUGCGCCAGUCAGGUGUGCAGCGUCCAGACCUACAAAAACCCUUCGGCUCCCGGUUACGUGGCCAAGAUCAGCCUACCAAAGCCCUUCAUAGUCCCUGCGGAUAUGAUCAUGAUCGAUCGCCAUGAACAUAACCACAUUUUCGACCUGGCUGGCUCGUACACCACUGAGAUUGAGCUUGGUGGGGUUGGCGAUGCCUCGUGGCCGCCCUUCAAACUGAUAAAAAGCGACGACGUCGAUGCAUUUUCUGUCUCGUACAGACCUGAUGAGCGUCAAAAAUGGUCCCUUGUCGCCGUCAUUGAUGAUAUUUGUCCCAGGUCUCUGGCACCCGAUAGUCUUGUCCUUAGACACAUAAGCAUAGAUGUGCCUGAUUGUUCUACUGAUCUUGUGCUCAAGAGAGAGAUUCUGUGGACAACGGGCUUUGCUGAAAAGGUGACCAAGGGGUUAUUAGCAGACACGGGGGAUACCAAGACUCCAACACGUCCAGCCAUGAACGGCACAGCGGUCAACGGUAUGUCAAACGGGCAUGCGAACGGGUGUUUGUCCAACGGAUAUUCACACCACGGGCCUGAACUGACCAACGGUACCGGUACCAACGGUCAUGUUAAUGGCCAUGUGGAGGAGGAUGACGAUGCGGAAGGAGAGCUCACCCCCAACAGGUCUCUCCGCACCCGUGGCCCAGCCAAGAGCUACAACCUCAAGGAACUCAGCGAUAAGGCACAUGGCACAGAACGCAAAAGACGCCGCAAGCUUGGGGAUAUGGACAAGGACGACAGGGGGGCAGCUGAUGGCAUUGGGCGCAAUGUUGUGUACAAGCUACCAUCUGAGGAAGUUACAGUUGAGGGUCUCAGCUGUUGCGUCUGUGGUGCCAUGUCUCCGUCCACACAACAGUUGAGGGCACACUUUUUGUGCCAUCCUCGCUACCAGUUCGACUUCAUGGAGACGCGUCACGGGAAAGAUGCGCCACACGUUGUCUUUGUUUCGCUCGACAUGCUGGCCGCAGAGGGACAGUCGAUGCAACCCAGGGUCUUUCAAUUAUGCAGAGCUAAAGGCUCAUUAGAUUUGUCGAGAUAUUUGGAUGGAGAUCACUCAUGGGUGACGUCUCGUUUUGGCCCCGAUCAUGGCGAUACGCCUGAUGAGUACCAUUCACUAAGGCCGGUGGUUUUGAAGCCAAAGACCACGAAUCGUCGCCCGGAGAGCAGUGACAAUAGCAACAGCAUUCGGAGCAGUGCUGGAACUCGGGCUGUUGUUCCCCGCAUCAAACAGCGCCUCUUCCAUCCGCUCAGCAAGGCCCUUCUGGAGCCAGGACAGCCGGUCCCCAUUGUUGAGCCUGACACCGACUGGCUGAUACAAAAGCACCGCGACCAUCUGCAAGACUUUGUUGAUAUAGAAGACGGGGAGAAAGAAUACAUGAUGGAGUGGGAUGCUUUUGCCUUCAAGGAGCAGCUCUCAUCCAAUGCGUACAUUGUGCGGGGUCUCCUGGCGUUUGUGAGGGCCAAGGCUCCAUGGUUGCUAGCAAAGAAUACUCGCAUGCUUGAGUUCGGGAAGCACCUGGCAACCUUGAGGGCGAGAGGGAGCAUCAAGAGUGGAACGAUUGAAGAAGCUCUGAAGAUUGUUGCUGAUGCGCGGAGGAAGGGCCUUGCAGCCCCAUUAAUCGCUGCUGCUUCGGGGGCACCGGAACAAAAACCUAGCCUGCAAAGAUCCAAGGGCGCAUGUGUUAUUUGCCGCAAGCCAGCCCUGGGGCCAUCUUUGUUAAUAUGUUCGAAUAAGGAGUGUCCAAAACGUUCUUACCAUAGCCACUGUGUCCGAUCCAUGGCAAAGGUCUCGGUGGACAAGAAGAGGGAAUGGUUGUGUAAUGAUUGUGUGGGCUCGUGAGGGCUAGUGUACCGUGACUAUCAAGUUAAACAUUCCUGCAGACUCCUACAUGCUGUUAGGUGUUUGCAUUGCAUCAGCGAGCGGAGUUAGUUUUAACCAUGUGUUUUCCUUUGAAAUUUGAAGAAUAAUCGUAUGUUACAUGUAUAUAUUCAAUGCAAGGCUUUCUUCUGAUAUCUUUGUAUGUUUGGCCGUCAGAUUGACCAUAGCUACUGGACGUAGGAUCUUUCGUGGCUGCCAACCUAAGAAUCCAAGUUUAUUUCUGGAUUUUUUUUCUCCCAAG